GCGGCGCGGCUGGAGCGGCCGGACCGUCCGGCCGCCGGGAGCGCGCAGGAGCCCGCGGGCCGCGCCGACAGCGCCGGGACCCCGCGCCAGGGGUUCUGAGCGGCGCGGGCGGACCCAAGCCCCCAGCCCGCUGCGCCGCUGCCCGCCGGGCCCCGGGAGCGGCGGCCAAGAUGUCCGUGCCGAACGUGCUGGCCAAAGCCCUCUAUGACAACGUGGCCGAGUCCCCGGAUGAGCUUUCCUUCCGCAAGGGCGACAUCAUGACGGUGCUGGAGCGGGACACGCAGGGCCUGGACGGCUGGUGGCUUUGCUCACUGCAUGGGCGCCAAGGCAUCGUGCCGGGGAACCGCCUCAAGAUCCUGGUGGGCAUGUAUGACAAGAAGCCAGCAGGGCCUGGCCCCGGCCCGCCCACCACUCCGGCCCAACCCCAGCCCGGCCACCCUCAGGGCCUCCACGUCGCGGUGCCCCCAGCCUCCCAGUACACGCCCAUGCUCCCUGCCGCCUACCAGCCCCAACCUGACAGCGUCUACCUGGUGCCCACCCCCAGCAAGGCUCAGCAAGGCCUCUACCAAGCCCCCGGACCCAGCCCUCAGUUCCAGUCGCCCCCGGCCAAGCAGACGUCCACGUUUCCAAAGCAGACGCCCCAUCACCCGUUUCCCAGCCCCGCCACUGACCUUUACCAGGUGCCACCAGGACCCGGAAGUCCUGCCCAGGACAUUUACCAGGUGCCACCUUCUGCUGGGAUAGGGCAUGACAUCUACCAGGUCCCCCUGUCCAUGGACACACGCAGCUGGGAGGGGACAAAGACCCCGGCAAAGGUGGUGGUGCCCACCCGAGUAGGGCAGGGCUACGUCUACGAGGCCUCCCAGCCGGAGCAGGAUGAGUAUGACAUCCCACGCCACCUGCUGGCCCCGGGACCCCAGGACAUCUACGAUGUGCCCCCUGUUCGGGGGCUACUUCCCAACCAGUAUGGCCAGGAGGUGUAUGACACACCCCCCAUGGCUGUCAAGGGUCCCAAUGGCCGAGACCCAUUGCUGGACGUGUACGACGUGCCCCCCAGCGUGGAAAAGGGCCUGCCACCAUCCAGCCACCACGCGGUGUACGAUGUUCCGCCCUCGGUGAGCAAGGACGUCCCCGACGGCCCGCUGCUGCGUGAGGAGACCUAUGACGUGCCCCCCGCCUUCGCCAAGGCCAAGCCCUUUGACCCAGCCCGCCACCCGCUGGUCCUUGCUGCGCCCCCUCCAGAUUCCCCGCCAGCCGAGGACGUGUAUGACGUCCCACCCCCUGCUCCCGACCUCUACGACGUGCCCCCUGGCUUGCGGCGGCCCGGCCCCGGGACCCUGUACGACGUGCCCCGUGAACGGGCGCUUCCUCCUGAGGUAGCCGACGGCGGCGUGGCUGACGAUGGCGUGUACUCAGUGCCACCCCCAGCUGAGCGCGAGCCCCAAGCCGAUGCCAAGCGCCUGUCGGCUUCAAGCACUGGCAGCACACGAAGCAGCCAGUCUGUGUCCUCCCUGGAGGUGGCAGGGCCGGGCCGGGAGCCCUUGGAGCUGGAGGUCGCUGUGGAGACCCUGGCGCGGCUACAGCAGAGUGUGAGCACGACUGUAGCCCACCUCCUGGACCUGGCAGGCAGUGCUGGUGGGGCCGGGGGCUGGCGCAGCACCCCCGAGCUGCAGGAGCCACCGGUGCAGGACCUGCGGGCCGCUGUGGCUGCUGUCCAGGGCGCUGUCUACGAGCUGCUGGAGUUUGCCCGCAGUGCUGUGGGCAACGCCGCCCACACAUCUGACCGUGCUCUGCAUGCCAAGCUUAGCAGGCAGCUGCAGAAGAUGGAGGACGUGUACCAGACACUGGUGGCACACGGUCAGGCCCUUGACAGUGGCCGGGGAGGCCCAGGAGCCACCCCUGAAGACCUGGACCGCCUGGUGGCCUGCUCGCGGGCCGUGCCCGAGGACGCCAAGCAGCUGGCCUCCUUCUUGCACGGCAAUGCCUCACUGCUCUUCAGACGGACCAAGGCCCCUGCCCCAGGGCCCGAGGGGGGUGGCCCCCUGCACCCCAACCCCACUGACAAGGCCAGCAGCAUCCAGUCACGGCCCCUGCCCUCACCACCCAAGUUCACCUCCCAGGACUCGCCGGAUGGGCAGUACGAGAACAGCGAGGGGGGCUGGAUGGAGGAUUAUGACUACGUCCACCUGCAGGGGAAGGAAGAGUUUGAGAAGACGCAGAAGGAGCUGCUAGAAAAGGGCAACAUCGUGCGGCAGGCGAAGAGCCAGCUGGAGCUGCAGCAGCUGAAGCAGUUUGAGCGCCUGGAGCAGGAGGUAUCACGGCCCAUAGACCACGACCUGGCCAGGUGGACACCAGCGCAGCCCCUGGGCCCAGGGAGGACAGGCAGCCUGGGGCCCUCGGACCGGCAGCUGCUGCUCUUCUACCUGGAGCAGUGCGAGGCCAACCUGACCACACUGACCAACGCCGUGGACGCCUUCUUCACCGCCGUGGCCACCAACCAGCCACCCAAGAUCUUCGUGGCGCACAGCAAGUUCGUCAUCCUUAGCGCCCACAAGCUGGUGUUCAUCGGGGACACGCUGUCGCGGCAGGCCAAGGCAGCCGACGUGCGCAGCCAGGUGACCCACUACAGUAACCUGCUGUGUGACCUCCUGCGCGGCAUCGUGGCCACCACCAAGGCUGCUGCCCUGCAGUACCCAUCGCCCUCCGCUGCCCAGGACAUGGUGGACAGGGUCAAGGAGCUGGGCCACAGCACCCAGCAGUUCCGCCGGGUCCUGGGCCAGCUGGCAGCUGCCUGAGAACAGGUGACCAGGAGGACAUGAGGGGGGCGGUGAUGGUCCAAGCUACCCCAGGCGCCCAUCUGAAGAGUCGAUGUGCCACAGGCUUGGGGACAGGCAACCCCAGCUCUGCCUUGGGCCUGGUGCCCCAGACUGUCCAGGGAUUUAUACGUAUUUAUGACAGGGCAGGAUGUGGGACGGCCUCAGAGGAGCUGGUGCCGAGGGCUGGCUGGCGGUCUUCCCUGCGUGCACUGUGGCCGGGGAGGGUCACCAUGCCAGGGACUGUGGCCGGGGGCAUGAGGAUCCCUCAACCCACAGGGCCGUGUGUGACCCCUCGGGCUGACCCUGGCCCCCCACCAGGGCAAGUGCAGCUAUCACAUGUCCUUUCUCUGCACCAGGAGAAAACCCUAAAGAACUAUUUUUCAUUAUUGAUUUUCCAAUCAUUUGACGAAUAGUCUACAUUUAAAUAAAAUUUUAAAAAUGCAAAGCA